AUGUCGCGGAAGAUAAUGGUUGAGGAAUCUGCGAAAAUCUCGCAUGAGGUGCGCAAACAUCGACUGAAGCCAACCAUGAAUAUCCCCGAGAUUCCUCAGUCGAGUAGACAUGGUGCCACGAUCCCACAGAAGAACCGGGUGUCCGUUGACCACCCCAGUCUUGCAAAAGAUAUAAUAUUCCUCCAUCUCGGAUUUCAAGGGGAGUGGUAUCUGCUGGCGACCGCCUUCAACAAAUAG